CGGGUAGCGCUUUUAAGGCACCAGUUUAAAUCUUCGGCGUCCCUAGUUCCGGGGUGAUCCGCACGCCGUUUUAUUUCACCAAGCAGACGCGCUGAUCUCGAGUUUAUUUACCGACCCGAGCGCUGCUUGGAUCCGAUUCCCGCACGGCCCGGCCCGGCCCGGCCCGAAAUGCCGUCUCGUGUGGAUGAUUACGAAGUUUUGUACACGAUCGGCUCUGGUUCCUACGGAAAAUGUCAGAAAAUACGGAGGAAAUCUGACGGAAAGACGCUGGUGUGGAAGGAGCUGGACUACGGCACCAUGGCAGAGGCGGAGAAGCAGAUGCUGGUGUCUGAGGUGAACCUGCUGCGGGAGCUGAGGCACUCCAAUAUUGUACGGUACCACGACCGCAUAAUCGACCGCACCAACACCACGCUGUACAUCGUGAUGGAGUACUGCGAGGGCGGCGACCUCUCUGGCCUCAUCUCCAGGUGCCUCAAGGAAAGGCGAUACCUGGAUGAGGAGUUCAUCCUGCGUGUGUUGGCACAGCUCGCCCUGGCACUGAAAGAGUGCCACCGGAGGCGAGACGGGGCACAGACAGUGCUGCACCGUGACCUCAAACCCGCCAACAUAUUCCUAGACGCGCAGCAGAAUGUGAAGCUUGGAGACUUUGGCCUGGCCAGGAUCCUGAACCAUGACACAAGCUUCGCCAGGACCUUCGUGGGAACACCCUACUACAUGUCCCCAGAACAAAUGAAUCGGCUGUCUUAUAAUGAGAAGUCCGACAUAUGGUCUCUGGGCUGCUUGCUGUACGAGCUGUGCGCCCUGUCGCCCCCAUUCACGGCACACAACCAGGCAGAGCUGGCGGAGAAGAUCCGAGAGGGCAAGUUCCGGCGGAUUCCGUAUCGGUACUCAGAGGAGCUGAACAAUCUGCUGUCCAGGAUGCUGCAUUUAAAGGACUACCUGAGGCCGUCUGUGGAGUGCAUCCUCCAGAGUGAGCUGAUCGCGGAUGUGGUGGCGGAGGAAAACAGGAGGGCGCAGGACAGGGAGAGACGUAGGUCAGGCGACAGCACUCAGGCAAAGGCCCAGGAGCCAUGGCUGGCGGAGCUGCGGCUGAAGGAGCAGCAGUUGCAGGAGAGGGAGCGCGCUCUGAAGGACCGCGAGGAGCGGCUGGAACGAAGGGAACAGGAACUUUGCAUUCGGGAGAGAAUAUCAGAGGAGAAUCUUAAAAGAGCUGAGACUCUGAUGCGGAAGCUGACCCUGGCUAAACAGGGGCGGAGGACACCCCCGGCUCCGUGUUCCAGUGGGACAGAUGAGGAGGAGGGACUCUUCCCCGGGAAGAAAAAGGUCCACUUUGCUGGGGACAGCAAGGAGAACAGGAGACCCCUGAAAGACGAAGGUCGAGAGCUGAAGCAGAGGUUGCAGGCGGCUGGGCGGCGGGCACAGGUCCUGGGUGAGGUGGAGAGACAGUACCACCUGAAGAGCAGGCAGCUGCUGGGCAUCCGAUGACCACUGGGUGGCACCAUACUCGGCCUCAUUGUAACAUAUAAAAGUGUAUGUGUGUGUGUGUUUGGCCCAAAUGGGCACAAACAGUGCUUUCUGUGGACUGCUGGUCUUUGUCUGUCUGUCAUGCAGUGUCAAGGGGGGUGAAUGUGAUUGGUUGAAAAACCAUAUUUGACAGUAAUAUGGUCAAUAUACAGAUUCCACUGAAAAUUGAUUAAAAAAAAAAAAAAACUUUCCAGGAAUGUUCCAGGCAACUUGCAUGAUAAUGAUCCUAAACACAGACAUCAGACUCCUCUUCUGCAUAGACAUAGGAGUGUCGAAACGCUGUGUUGCUGUUGCGGGGGGAUCGUUACUGGCAGUUACAAAAACCCCUGCAUUUCAUUCUGAACUGACACUCCAUGUGUAAAUAUUCACUAGAUUCAUUAAAUGUGUCUGGGUGUAUUUGAUUUUCUAAAAUGUUUAUAUAGGCAUUUUAUAUGUUUGUUAAUUCUGUCACUUUCCUUUAUUUGUUUAACUCUCAGAGAUGUACCAACAAAUUGUUUUAUAGGAGUAAAUGAAGCUUUGGGUUUUAGAA